GAGACGAGUCCCCAUUGGGCCCUAGGAUCGGAGACUCAGGAGGCCGCUCUCGGAGAACCUGCUCUCCCGGAAGGUGACACUGUCCAUGGAGGCCACGCCCAGUGAGGGCUUCUGUCCCCACUGGAGGUCCAGCUGCCUGUCGCCCACAGGGGAGGAGGAGCUCAAUGCUGGGCACCCAGGCGGGGCGCUCCUGAGCAAGUCCCCGAGAGACAGGCCCCUGUGGGAGGAGGCGCUCGUCAGCAACAUCAGGGCCAUGUCAGCCUUGCAGAAGAGCCUGGUGUUGGAGACCAUCCAGCACCACAUCCAGGAGCGCACCCAGCUCAUCGCAAAGGAGGCGCCCAGUGCUGGCAUCCAGGAGCUCCUGGCGCCCUUGAACCUAGAGCUCAAGCAGCCUUUGGAGAAGACCUUCCUCUUCCACUUAUACGGACUGAUCCUCAGAGAGUGUAACUGUGUGGACCUGGUGAGGAGGCACCUGGCCAGCCUCCUGGAGCUGUCCCACCAGUCCUCCAGCCAGCGGGAGGGCAUUGCCAUGGCCGUCGGCAUUGCGUCUUCCACGCACAUGCAGGAAGCGUGGGCCAUGCUGGAGCACGUGGGCCGCACCAGGUUCCUGAGGACCGUCUUCAUGUCCCCAGACAGCCAGCAGCCGGACCCGGACACGCGCUGGACGUGGGUUGGCAGCACCUCCCUGCUGUGCUACGGGCAGAUGGCCGCGCACGCCGGGGAGCAGAUCCUGCCCUGGGUGGACAACAUCGUGUCCAGGAUGGUGUACUACUUCUCCUGCAGCCGCUACGACAACAUCCUCAAAACGAGCUUCCUUUCGGCGACCAUCAUGCUCUUGAAGGCUCUCAGGCAGAAGAACAGGGCGCAGAGCUACAAGUUCACGCAGAUCCCAGAGCUCAUCCAGUGCCUCCUGUCCAGCCUUCAGAAGGAGCCCAACUUCCUGGCCACCCUCUUCCGGCAGAAGAUCAUAUUGGUCAUCGCGGGACUGAGCAACCUUCGGCCCAGUCUCAAACCCAUGGUCAAGUCCAGGAUCUUGCAGACCUGCCUGCAGAGCCUGUACACGCUCCCACCCACGGAGACGCUCAGGAGCUGUUUACCUCCGAUGGACGCGGUCCCGGACGUCAUGGCACUGUACCAGAAGUCCAUGCAAGCGCUGGACCUGCUCCUCCAGAGCCUCAUCUCCGAGAACAAGAGCAUGGAUGAGAUGUGCUUCCUCCUGCAGCACGUGGAGCCGUGGCUGGAGUCGGACCGCAGCCACGAGCGCCAGCGGGCGGUGCAGACCGUCUUCCUGCUCCUCACGUACGUGGUGGACAACGUGGGGCUCGCUGAAGUGGCCACGCCCUCCGUGCUGGGCCACCAGAUCGGCCUGCUGGCGCUGCUGUGGAGGGACAUGGACCCGGUCACCCAGAGCCACUCCCGCCAGUGCACCUACCUCUUCCUCCAGCUUCUGACGCAGCAGAAGGGGAGCAUGUCAGAGUUCAUGUAUUUGAAUAAGAUGAAGAACUUGGAAGCAAGUGCCAGCAGAAAAUCAGAAAUUAAAUUCUACAACCUGGUGAAGGUGCUGAACAGGAACCUGACCGUGGCCCAGCACACGCAGCUCGUCCUCACGCUCCUGGGACGGCUCUGCAGCCACAGCCGCCUGAACUGUGACCUGGCAUCGCAGCUGCUCCUUAAGGUCAUUGAAGAGCAGAGCGUCAGGCCAGAGCAGGUGGCCGAGAUCCUGCACGGCCUGUUCCGGGAGCUGCCCUCCAUCACGUUCAAGAGCACCCUGCAGACGAUGAUGAAGGCUGUGUCAGUGCUGGGGACUCAGCACACCCAGGAGACAGUCGAGGUGAUACUGUCCCUGUGUCACCCCUCCGAGAGACAGGUCAUGCCCCUGUGGAAGGCCCUAGCCAGCAGCACCCAGCUGGCCCGCAAGGUGCUCACCAUGCUCUACAUGAAGCUAAAGCUCCGCCCCCCCAAAGAGCUCAUCAGGUUCACGCAGCAGGCGGAGCUCAUCUCCCUGCUGGCCCUGGGUACCAUUUAUGAGCUCCUGUACACCCGGGAGUUCAAGGCCACGGUGCGCUGGGCCUUCGCAGGGGUCCUUGUGGGCCUGCUCACGCAGCUCCAUUACCUGUUUGAGCUGGAUGUGGCCGAGAGCAGCUCAGACUACCAGGAGGAAGUCCUGGACGUGAAGCCCCUCGGCCCCUGCAGGACGUGCCUGGAGGCCCUGAAGGGUCUUUUCUGGACCAACUGCUGGGAGGUGUUCGCCUUCCUCAAGCUGCUGAGAGGCUGGGAGCUCUUGGAGCACAUGAAAACCUACACAGAGGGGGUGACCCUCCUGGCUAGGGCCAUGGCCCACUAUGACUGUGAGAUCAAGGCCGUCUGGGGGCAGGCGGUCAUCUCGCUGAAGAGCUCUGAGGAACGGGACAACGUCGUGGCCAUCCUCCUCAUCGCUGAGUUUCUCAACAGCCAAGAGCUCCCUCAGUACAUGUCUCGGAGAACCAUGGACAACUUCCUGAGCCUGGGCCUGAACAACCCCAACCAGCUGGUGCGGGCCAUGAGCCUGAAGGGCCUCAGCAGUAUCCUGAUGCAUCCUAAGAAGGUGAUGCUGCUCCGGAACCGGCUGGCCGGGCUGCUGGACGGCUUCCUGGGGCCCGAGCCCAAGGACCUCGUGGGCCUGAUGGAGAUCCUGGGCGACAUCCUGCGCCACCUGGGGUCCCACGGCGUCGGCGCCACCAGCCUCAGGAUCGCCCAGCACCUGCUGCUGCUGUUCGACGAUGAAGAGGCCGCCGUGCGCGGCAGGGCCAUCCUGCUGUACGGAGACGUCCUGCACAGCGGCGGCAACAAGUACCGGCAGGCGCUCAAGAGCCACGCGUUCCAGGCCCUGGUGCCGCUGCUCCUGCACCUGGGCGACUCCUGCCCCGCGGUGGUCAUGAAGACAAAGCUGACCUUCCUGCGCUGUGCUGUCCUGCUGAAGUGGGAGUUCCGGAAGGAGCUGUUUGGGAAGCUGGCAUGGGGCCGUGGCCUGGGUGCUGAGAACAACAUUUUCAUCUACGUGACACAGGAUCAGCCGCCUCCAGGAAGUCCUGGCGUCUGGGCAGAAAAGGGCACCAGAGCCCAGAGUGCGUCUCGGGGGGCUCAGAGCUCCGCACAGGGCAGGAAGGCCGUUGUGUUUUUAAGAUCACGAGCUGAAGGCCACAUUCCCAGAAUGGGUUGUGACAAGAAGGCGAAUCCGAGCACAUCACGGCGGGUGGAGAGCAACUUUGGCAACUUCCACCAGUUUUUCAUGCAGGCGUUGGUUUACCUGCGCAGCCCCAACAGACGCCUGAAGCAGAUGGCCAUGAAGUUCGUCGGGGCCUUGCUGCAGGACUACUUUACCGACCUCUGCUUCUACCUGAGCAAGGACGACGUGAGGAUCCUCAAGAAACACUUGGAGACCCUGAAGCAGGACCCAGACUCCAUGAGCCGCAAAUUCUACAACAGCUUUGUGGAGGACCUCCGCGAACUGUCCCAGUUCGUGACCCAAUGAGCCCCGCCCGGCAUCGCUCUGGUUCCGGCAUGUGUCUGACCUUCUCUAUUAAAUGUGACAGUUCCCUUUGGCC